CAUCCGGGUCAUUUGUCAGUAUGGGGGCAUGAAGUACACGAAACCCUAUACUACUCACUCUAACUACUCACGAGUUGUAGCGGCCGACGGCGUCGCCACCACCGGAACGGGACGCGCCGCCGCUGCGGACGGCGGCGUUGAUCGCGCCGCGCAGGUCGAGGCACUCGCGCGCGCCGCGCGACGCGAACUUGGCGACGACCUUUUCUUUCCCUUCCGCGCUCGUCUCCGACAGCGUGAAGUGGUGCAGUGGCCCGAAGGUCGGCCCGAAGGUCUUGUAUUCCUUGGCCUUCACCUCAUCCGUCACAUGCACGGCGCUGAGCAUGAUGUGCAGCUUGAUUAAGGGCGUCACGGCCUUCAUGGCUUGGACGAUGUCGCCGCCCCGAUGGACGCUUGCGGUGCGGUACUGCGCCCAGUCCGACGAAUUGCGGAACACGAGGAGCUCCCUAUGUCCUUUGAUGAUGACGACCGAUGGCUUCCAGACCUUAUUCAGCGUGCGUAAAGAACACCGCGCGAGGCACUCGAUCUGCACGACGCCGUGCAUGCUGUGCGCCGGCGCCUCGGCGUGCGUCUGGGAGCGGCAGGCGUCCGCGCCGCGCGGCGGCGGCACGGCCGCCGUCGCGGAGUCGGCGUGCGGAUCGCCGCCGCGCUGCAUCAGGAUCUCGCGCUGCAUGGCCUCCGGGAGCUGCGCCCAGACGGCCGGAGGGCGCCGGCGCCGCGGGCCCCGCGCUCAGGUCGAGGCCGUCGAGGCCCCAGCUCUCUUCCUGCGGCGGCGGCGCCGGCGCCUGGGCGGGCGGCGGCGCGGCGACGGGCAGCCCGAAGAGGUCGAGGGCGCCCGUUGGCUGAGGCACGGGCGCGAGCACCGGCGGCGCAUAGGGCGUCGGCUGGAGCAGGCCGGGCACAGCGGGCGCCGAAGGCGCUGGGGGCGCCGCGUUGAGCGCGCCCGGCAUCUCGGGCUUUGGCUUUGAGCGGCUGCAACGGCGGCGGGCCGGCCGGCUCGGGGGGCUCAGCCGCGGCGGCGGCGCGCCGGGCAUGGCGCCGGGCAUGGCGCCGGGCAUCGCACCCGGCAUCGCGCCCGGCAUGGCCGGUGCCGGGCAUCUGCCCCGGGGCAUCAUCCCGGGCAUCUGCCCGGCCAUGCCGUAGCCGGGCAUGCCGGCGCCCGCGGGCGGCGCUGGCCGCGAGAGCACGUCGAGCGCCGAGAUCGACGACCGCGUGUCGCCGCGUCCGUCGGCGGCCGGUGUUGGUUCGCGGCCUGGUUCAGCUGGCCGGGCAUCUGCAUCUGGCCCUAGCCGGGCAUUUGGCCCGGCAUCUGCCCCGGGUAGCCCUGCAUGGCCUCAAACUGGGUCCUUUUAUUGGAGCGCUCGCAGUGGGAGUGCCGCGCUGUCGCACCUCUGUCGAGCGUCGUCUUCCGCACUAUGGCAAAAACCUAACGCUAACAAAUUCCCUUCCCGGUUUGCAAUUCUUGUAAUUU